AUGGAGAAUUCUGGCAGUAACAAUGUCGGUGACAUGCUGCCUCCUUCCGAUCGAAAACCUGACGGUGCCGCCGCUCAAGCAGAACCGUCCUUCCCGAGGCCGCAUGGUCAUGCGGAGGAGGUAGAAAAGAAAGAAGAAACCGCCGCGUCUACUCCGCAAAGCCUCGAGAAAAUUUCUCUACAGGUUGACCAAUUAGUAACAAGUCUGAAAAACGUUAGAAAUGCGAAGAACAUUGAGAUCCCUGACUUCAUUGAGACGUACUUGGAUCUGGUGGAAGAGAAGAUAAUGAAAUACGACGCAGGUGAAGGUAAACCGAAAUGGGGAGAGGUGUCGGAGGAAGAUUCGUGGUUGUUGAAAAGCACGAACCGGUUUUCAAAACUGAUGACAUUGGUGACUGAUCUACAUCGUUAUCAUGAAUCGGAGAAGAUCAACGGUGCAAAAGUCUCGAUGAUGAACCGCAUUACCUUGAUCCACCAGCGUUUGAUGACGUAUCUGGAGGAAGACUUCCGGUUUCUGAUGGAAGAAUGUAGAACACCAACCGAAUUGGAUCCCGGAGGGAAUAAUUACAACAGCGUCGAUACCAAAGGGAAACAACACGUGGCAGCAUCGGAACAACUACAUCAAGAGAUGGUGCGACAUCAAGAAGGUGGUGAACAAGACACGAAUUUCCCGGGGUACUCGGAUGAGACGAUUGCCAGCCUGAGAAAGAUCGCCAGCGAGAUGUUAUCUGGCGGCUACGAAUCGGAGUGCUGCCAGGUCUACAUCAUCUCGCGGAGGAACGCCUUCGAGGAGGUUCACCAUAAGCUAGGAUUAGAUAAGAUCAGCAUCGACGAAAUGGUGAUGAAGGUGCAGUGGGAUACUCUAUCCAGGGACAUGAUCCCCGCCUGGAUCAACACGCUCAAGCAGUGCGCGAUGAUCUACUUCCCCGGCGAGCGGAAGCUCGUCCAGACCGUGUUCGCCGAGAACCGCACGGUGGCCGCCGGACUCUUCAGCAGCCUCUCCCGCGUGGUGGUGAUCCAGCUUCUCAACUUUGCCGAGGGUGUCUCCAUGACGAAGCGAGCCGGAGAGAAGCUCUUCAAGCUCCUCGACAUGUACGAGGCCCUCUCCAACGUGAUCCCCAAUAUGAACUUACUCUUUCCAGAUGAGUGUAUCGAGGAGAUGAGGACUGAGAUGACCCUCGCCAAGUUCAGACUUGGCGAGGCUUCCAUCUACAUCUUCUGCGACCUGGAGAACCAUAUUAAAUUGGAGACAGCGAAAUCCGCUGUCCCUGGUGGCGCAGUGCACCCCCUCACACGCUACAUCAUGAACUAUCUCAACAUAGUAGGGGACUACAAGGAUUCCCUAGAGAAGAUUUUCAACGAUCAUUCGAAGAAGGGGCAAGCGGAUUCUACAAGCAGGCAUUUAGCGGUGAAAAAGGAGGCGUGUUCGGACGCACCAUCUCCGUUCUCAGCACAAGUGUUGAGGGUGAUGGACUUGCUCGACUCGAGCCUGGAGGGGAAGGCGCGUCUGUACAAAGAGGUGGCGCUUAGCAACUUCUUCAUGAUGAACAACGGGAGGUACAUGCUGCAGAAGAUAAAGAGUUCUUCCGAGAUGAGCAAGGUGCUGGGCGACAACUGGAUCAGGAAGAAGUCCUCGGAGCUAAGAAACUACCACAAGAACUACCAGAGGGAGACGUGGAGCAGGGUGCUGCAGUGUCUGAACCACGAAGGGUUAAACGUGAAUGGGAAGGUGCACAAGCCGUCGCUGAAGGAGAGGUUCAAGAGUUUCAACUCAUUGUUCGACGAGAUUCACAAGACGCAAAGCUCGUGGGUGGUGAAGGACGAGCAGCUUCAGUCGGAGCUUAGGGUUUCCAUCUCUGCAGUUAUUAUCCCGGCGUACCGAUCAUUCGUUGCGAGGUUCGCGCAGACUUUUGACCCAGGCAGACAGACAGAGAAGUAUAUUAAGUACCAAGCUGAAGACAUAGAGACUUACAUCGAAGAGUUGUUUGAUGGUAAGCCUCACCAGUCCAUUGGAAAAAGGAGAACAUAA